AUGAUCUUCGAACCUGCAGAGAGGAUUGUGCUCCCAACCAAGGAUCUAGUGUCUUAUAUCUUUGAUGACCCACCGUAUGAUCAAGAUCAGCCAAUCUACGUCGAUGUCCACAAUCCCCCACGAUCGAUCUCUUGUAACCAAGCACGAAAGCUCAUUCGCCAGCUGAUCGCUGGCCUUCGAGCAUCUGGUCUCCAACAGGGCGAUUGUGUUCUCAUCCAUUCCUUCAAUGAUAUCAGCUACAGUAUUCUGGUACUAGCCAUCAUCGGAGCCGGAGGAAUUUUCACAGGCUCGAAUCCAUCUUAUACUCCGCAUGAGCUUGCUCACCAUAUCAAGGCGUCGCAGAGCAAGUUCGCUUUCUCGGAACCUGAAAUUUUGGAUUCUCUCUUGAAAGCUGCGGGAGAGGCGGGUGUACCGGAACAGAAUAUAUGGAUUUUCGACAAUAUAGGCCAAUCCAUCCCAAAUGGAAUGCGAUCAUGGAGAGAACUAUUGAAAGUCGGAGAGGAAGACUGGGUACGAUUCAACAGUCUGAAGACCGCCCAGGAUACCACAGCGAUGCGACUGUUUAGCAGUGGCACGACUGGGCUGCCCAAAGCCGUUAACAUCACACACCACAAUCUCAUUGCGCAGCAUGAACUUGUACACGGCAUGGUCACACGUCCUUAUUCCAUUCGCCGCAUCAUUGCUGUUCCUCUCUUCCAUGCAUCAGCAGCCCCAGUAUCCCAUAUCUCAACACUGAAGAUGGGAUCCGCCGCAUAUAUGCUACGACGUUUUGAGCUGGAGACUUACCUCGAAACCGUCGAAAAAUACGACGUUACUGAUCUUGGUAUGGUUCCGCCUAUCGUGAUCGCAAUCCUCAUGUCACCCCUGUCCCAAAAGCGGCCAUACCUUCAAAAGACCAAAAUGGCAGCCUGUGGCGCGGCACCUCUGGAUAAGAAUGUCCAAGCCCGAUUCCGGUCCUUGAUGGGCGACAACAGCCCGUUCACCCAAGUAUGGGGUAUGACUGAAACGUCUUGUAUUGCCACCAUGUUCCCCCAUCCCGAGCAUGAUGAUACGGGCUCCGUUGGUCGGCUUAUCCCAAAUCUGGAAGCCAAACUUAUCGACGAAGAAGGUAAUAAUAUCUCUGCCUUUGGCGUGCGCGGUGAGAUCUGCGUCCGGGGUCCAACAGUGACACCCGGGUACUUCAACAACCCAGAGGCCAACGCCGAGUCUUUUGACUCCGAGGGCUGGUUCAAAACGGGUGAUAUCGCAUAUUGCGACAAGCGGACUCGAAAAUGGUACAUUGUCGAUCGCCGAAAGGAACUCAUUAAGAUCCGCGGCUUCCAGGUUGCUCCGCCCGAGAUCGAGGCUGUGCUCUUGUCGCAUCCGCAGAUUGUUGACGCGGCUGUCAUUGGGAUCACAUUCCCCGGUGCGGAUAUUGAAUAUCCGCGUGCCUAUGUAGUGCGACGACCCGGCGAUUCAGGGAAGAAUAUAUCAGAGUCUGAGGUUCAACAAUUCGUUCUCAAGAAUCUGUCCAAAUACAAGGCGCUCACAGGGGGCGUGAAAUUUGUUGGCUCGAUUGCGCGGAAUCCAAGUGGGAAAAUUUUGAAAAGGGUUCUGCGUGAGGAUGCUAAGAAGGAGAUCCAAGCUGGGCUUCUGAAGGCUAAGAUCUAA